AGUUGUGGCAGAAAUUGUUUACUGUACAGUCUAUACUGAACGCAUUUGCAAUUUGCAUGAAAACUGCAGUCCUGAGCUUGUCAUUGAAUGGCAUUGGUGAGGACUUAUUCAGGAAGAUGUCUUCAGAAGGUCAAUAAUAUUGAGCCGUCCAAGCUUCUUACCUACGCGUCGCUCAAUGGGGCGCCACUAGAAGGGCCACAAUUAAGGCUGUCUGCUGGUUUACUCAGACCGACCUUUGUGAAGCAGCAUGCAUCAUGGUGGAGCGGGACUGGGGCGACUAACCCAGGAAGAAGGCUCAAGCUUUGGGUUGACAGAGCGGGACGUCAGUCUGAUGGACAACAUAAGGCGCUUGCAAUCGGACUUUGAGCUGGAGGAGGAGUCGGAAGACGAGAAUGAAACGAGCUGCUUUCGUACUCAGUUGGGGAGAGUCAAUGUACCGGAAAGCCAAGAGGGCGGGGGAAGCAUCUUUGAAACAUUGUCAGAAGAUCCCACUGGGACAGCUUCAGUCGAGAUUGAUGUAGCUGGUGCAGAAGUCAUCAAGACGGGGGAGCAAUUGUGUGAAGAAGUUUCUUGCAGCCAAGAUUUGCCUGCAAGAGAAGGUGGACAAGCGACAUGGAGUGUGGAAAACAUGAGGCCUGAGCAUAAUGCAAGGGAUUCCAUAUUUCCAUCACAUGGCACCGGUGAUUUCCAGUUGCGGGGGCUAGAAGCCAGCAUCGAUGCACCUGAAGUUGGGGAGACGUUGCAGCAAGAACAAGGGCCUGGCGACCAGGAUGGAGACAGCGACUCCGAGCGGUAUGACAGCUUGUACCAAGAGCAUGUGCGGCGCCAACGUGAUGCGGCACCCGAAAGCCGUGUCAUGGAGGAAGACUUGGAGGAGGACGAUCGUUUUGAGAUCUCGCAGCCCGAGUCAGACUCCCAGCAGCAGCCUCUGAUGACUAACCUUAGCCAGAGGGACCAGCAGUUCCUAGCAAGCAUCAGGCAGCUGGACCAGGUGGAACUAGAGGAGGAGGAAAUGUCCGACGCGUCUGAAACGGAUAGUGACGAGGAGAGACCUGAAACUCCAAGGUUGGCUGCAAAUCGGAGGGAGGACAUCACCUUUGACACCACGCUGCCUGCCAUGCACACCUACCUAGGUGAGUUCGACGACGUCGCUGGGGGAAGGGCUUUCGAGGAGGGCGGUUCGCUCGUCACCCUACCCUUGUUCUAUCUUGAUGGUGUCGUGCUGUUCCCGGGUGACUCCCUGCCGCUCCGUGUGAUCCAGCCGCGCUUCCAAAGCGCCGUCAGGAGGGCCAUGCGGCAGACGGCACACGCGUGCACCAUUGCAGUGGUCCUGUGCCGAGGGUACCUUCAUCCGGAGGGUCCUGGUGUCGCAACUGUCGGAACAACUGCAGAGAUCCGGCAGGUGAAAGAACAGGACGACGGGACCUUCAACAUCGUCGCAAAGGGCCGCCAGCGGUUCUACGUGCGGAGGAUCUCUUUCGAGGGGGACGACUCGGCGUCGGCGCACGUGCAGAUCAUUCCUGAAGAGAGGCCCCUGCGCAUGCCGCGCGCGGCUUUUGGCCAGCUGGCAGCCUGGCCGUCUCCUCAAAGCGGACGUGUCCCCUCUGCUUUGGAGUCCCGGGAAUCUGCCGGAAGCCCAACUAAUCUCUCACCAACAACAUACACAAGGACUCCUCGCCGGGCCAGUACCGGCGGCAUUCCAACCAGCUCAAUCUCCCGCAGGGGACGCCACCCGCCUGACGUCAGCCCCUCCUCCGGACCCCGUCGAAGCCGGCGCCGCGUCAGCUUCGACGGCGGCGCAGUCGGCGGCGUUUUGGGGCGACUGCGCGAACGGCCGGGACUCGCCGUUUUCGACUUUCCCAUCGAAGAGGAGCGGGAGACGCAAGGGGCGACACGGAAAGCGGACGAGCCAGCGGAACGGCCGCCUGGGAUUUCAGGAAUCGGGGCGGGCGCGACGCCGCCAGCUGGCAGGCAGGGAGCGCGCCACGUGGCGACCCCUCGGAGCGCGCUGUUCCUGCCGGCGUACAAGAGACGGAAGCAGCGGAGGCUGGGAAAAGACUGGGAGGUAGCGGCGUCGGCUGAGAGGGCGCCGGAAGAAGAGAAACAAGGGGGAGGAAGGGAAGCAUCUCACGGUCCAGAAAUAGUGUGGCCGGAGCUUUGUCCCGUGCGCCACGACUUGGUGAGGGGGAUCACCCAGGAAGAAGAAGCGGGUUCGCAAGCUGCGGGCGAUUUGGCUGAGACGAGUAUCGGGGCAGAAACUGUUCGGGGGGUGAGAGUUGGUGGCGAAGCCACCCCCCAAAACGUGGACAUUCAGCGGUUGCUCGAAUCACGCUGGGCGGGUACUAACUGCCGCUGGGGGGGUUUCCAAGGAGAGAGACACGGAAGCAGACACGACCAAACUCCACCGAAAGCCAGUCCCCGCCAAUCGGGUGAUACAGGUGAUGGGGACGAGAGUACGGAGAAAUGGCAGGGGGUGUCGAAGGCGUGGGCGGCAGAUGAUGCCACGUGGCGCAUCCGGGCGCCGCUGAGCGCCUGGCCGUACUGGGUGUACAGGAUGCACGAUGCGUACGUGCUGGCGAGGCGCGUGGCGGACCUGAUGCGGCAGGUGGUGCCCGCCCGCAAAGUGGACGACCUGCUGAACGAGCCGGAGGCGCUGUCCUACUACGUCGCCAGCAAUCUCCCUCUGCAAGACGCCACUAGGCAGGAGCUGCUGGAGACGGUCGGCACGGUAUACCGGCUGCGCAAGGAGACCAAGAUCUUGGAGACGCUGGACAAGCUGCGGUGCAAGGCGUGCGAGGUCGUCAUCGCCAGCAAGUCUGACCUCAUGGUGAUGUCAGCAGACGGACCCAUCGGGGCAUACGUGAACCCGCACGGACACAUCCAUGAGACGCUGACGCUGCGCCGCGUGCAAGGCCUCGCGCUCGACGGCUUCCAAGAAACCGAAAACAGCUGGUUCCCCGGCUAUGCGUGGACUAUUGCGCACUGCCAAAAUUGCGGCUAUCACAUGGGCUGGAAGUUCACGGCAGUGCGCCCGGGGAUGACCCCCGACUGCUUCUGGGGGGUGACCAGAGCGCACCUGGCCGAGUCGACGGCGUCGGAGCACCAGAGUGACCCCAUUCAGAUGUUCACGUGGUAGAGCGAGUCAUGGUGUCUGUCGUACAUUGGCUUCUAUGAUGUAGGCUUGUUGUGUACUUUCUGAUGGUUACUGACGUCUAACAUCGACGAGGGAAGGUUGAUAGCAUGCUGUGCGCAUGAGUCCUUGCAAAGAAGAGGGGUACCUUGGAUACUCUGCAACAAACGUGCAAGCUACAAUGUAUCAAAGCAGAGUCUGGCUUAAUUCUGUUUCAAAGCACCUUCUGAGGUUCAGUUUUGGAGAGUCUUCCAAGUUCUUCAUGAUCUGUUGGCUUCAGAACUGUUCUGGUCAAUUUGGAAUCCAUCCAUCCAUCC